CAGAGCUGGAGGCGGGAUCCAUCCCUCCUGAAGGCUUGGAGGCUUCACCGUGGCAGAGGGGUGGAGUGAGCUGAGGACACACCUACAGGUCCGUAGCUGGGGCGCAGGAGUGCAGGAGCACUUGGCUCCGGGGAUCCCAAACAGACCAGGUUUGGCCACUCACUGCAUACAAAAACCCAAAGGCAGAGCGAGGAAGGUUGGUGAAACAAGAAAGGGAUUUAUUCAGUGAAGCCAGCCCCAGGAAGCCGGCAGACUAGCAUCUCAAUGACGGUUUCCAAAGUGCUGAAAACACUUCUAGGUUUAUAGAAGAAAAAUGUAAAUGUGGGACAAAGGUCAAUGGGCAGUGAAGGUCAGGUCAUUGUCUUGGGGUUAGUCGGGAAGGGAGUCUUACUGGCUCAGAGCAGUCCCUACUGCUUGAGGGAGUAGUUUCAGUUCCCAUCACAGGAUGCUUGAGUGGGUCUUUUCCAUGAGCGACAAGCUGGAAAGAACUUCGUCAAUUCCCAAGCACAGACUGAGGUCAGAAUGGAGGAUGACACCCACAGAGAAGCCGGAGGCCCACCCAGUGACAAUGCUGGUGACCACAACAUCUAUGAAGUGAUGCCAUCUCCAACCUUCCUGGUGUCUCCCCCCGGUGACACGGGGUCCAUGAACACCUCCAUGACUUGUAGGCAAGGACCCGUGUCAACGCAGAGCCAGCAGGGGGCAGCAGAGGACCACAUAGACCCACAGACAAUUCCUCUGGUAGCUUGGAGGAGCUACCCACAUCGCCUCCCGGCACCUGUCUGCAGCUUCUGCCCCUUCAUUUACCCUUCAGAGAGCCCAGAGAAGGCACCCAACUGCCCAGGCCCAAAACCUGGGCGCCUCCUUCCCUCAGGGAAGGGCAAACACGAGAACCUACCUCCUGGGCCUCCCAAACUUGGGGUCUCUACAGCCCAGCCCUGGACCAGGACUUGUCUCCCCAGCCUCCUACCUAGUCUCCUGCCCCUUCCCAGACUCCCACCCCAAGACAGCCCAAUGGAUCUUUCUAAAUCCCAAACUCAGCCCUGCCCCUCCCUGCUCAGAACAAUCCAUGGCUCCCCAGUGCCUCAAGGUCCAGGCUUCUCACCAUAGCCUGUAAAUCCCUGGGAGGUCUGGCCCCUGGAGGCCCCUCAGGCUCCCCUGACCCUCACCCCCACCCUAUGGCCUGCAGUCUUUUGUCCACCACACCGAACUGCUCCGGAGCUUUCACAUUCUGCCCCCUGGGCGGGGAGCACCCCCACUGGCACGGUGCUCCACCCCCCCUGGCCCCACCCCGAUUCAUCUCCCAGGUCUCAGCUCAGACACCUCUUCCCCCAGGAAGCCCUCCCUGACCCUCAGGCUGGGUUGGGUCCUUUUCCUGAGUUCCUCCACCUCAGCCCUGCCCACUCUGGGU